UGUGAGGGGACAUCGGUAAACAGCUGAUAAGCCGCGGGUGCUUGUGUUUCGCGGUCUAGAACGCAUUCUGGUGCAUCUAGAAGGGAGGGAGGCCUACUUGGACUAUCGGCCUUCAACCACCAAUCAUACGGAGGCGCGGGCACACCGACUAUUCUAUACGGAUCGCCAAUCAGGAGACGACAAUCGAGCCAGCUGAAUAGGCCUGGCGUUUGAUAAGAUUAGUUGUAACGCAGCAGCCGGACGCUGGAGCAGUUUGUUUAAGGAUUUGCGAGUACACGGAGCAACCUGGAGUGGCGGCUAGUCCCCCGAUAACCAUGGAGUACAGUUUCAAGGGCAAAUCCAUCGUAGUAACCGGUGCUGGGCAAGGUAUCGGCAAUGAGCUGUGUCGUCAGUUGCAUCGGCUCGGAGCGAAGGUGAUUGCGGUAUCUCGAUCACCGGCGCCACUGGAGGAACUAAAACGGGACUGUGCCUCGGUUAAAAUCAUCCAGGUGGAUCUGGCGGAUUGGUCUGCGACGCGUGCAGCUCUCGGUGGACUGGAGAAGAUCGAUGGGCUGGUCAAUAAUGCAGGCAUUGCUAUUAUCAAACCAUUCGCCGAGCUUACGGAAGAGGACUUUGAUCGGACUUUCAACGUUAACGUGAAGGCAGCUUUCAAUGUGGCGCAGAUAGUGGCCCCAAAAAUGGGACCAGGCGGUAGCAUCGUGAACGUUUCCUCACUUGCUGCGCUCAAGGCGUUUGAGGGUCACUCGGCCUACACCGCAUCGAAGGCGGCUAUCGAUGGGUUAACGAAGAGUUUGGCGCUCGAACUGGGACCACGGCAGAUUCGUGCCAACAGCGUUAACCCGACCGUCAUCCUGACGCGUAUGGGACGCGACAACUGGUCCGAUCCGGCCAAAGCCGAUCCACUGCUGGCGAAGAUACCGCUCCGGCGCUUCGGCGAGGUACCGGAAGUUGUCGACACGAUCGUGUACCUGCUCAGUGAUCGAUCCAGCUUCCUUAACGGCCACUGUCUGCCGCUGGAGGGUGGCUUUUUGGCUGGGAACUAAUUAAGACGAAGAGGGAUGAAGGUUGAUUUGAUGGUUAAAUAAAUCAUGUUUUUGUAAUAUA